GACCAUCUCCAUCGUCCGCAGUCAGUCUCCUUCUCAUCCUGGCUGCCUGGCUGUCUGUCUGGCUGACAGGGAGAGCACUGCAUUGACCAAAAACUCACUAACUACCGAACUACAACCACCGACAGCACCGGCUGCUUUUCCACCAGCACGGGAGCAACAACAGCAUGUGAAUGGCGGCAGAAAGCGGCAGAGUUGUCACAGAGGAGCAGGAGGAGCUCCCAGCCUCUGGAGCCGUCACUCACGCGCACCACACACACACCCGGAGUCAGAGCCACAUCCAGUUUCAGCCUCUGACACACACCACCCAGUGGCAGGCUCCUCGUACUCUCGCUCACACGAGGAGUCACAGUCACACUCAGUUCAGCACUCCCUCACACACACAGUCGCAGAAGUACGGCUGUCGCCUCACACACAGUCUCUCAGCCAUGGCCAAGGGAGAGAAGGGAGCGCAGGGCCCUGCAGGGAAGCUCAUCAAGCCAACUGAACCGCUGUUCCCCAAAACUCCUCAGCAGACUGAGUUGGGCCACAAGUUGACAUUAUGCAGUAAGCUGUGUUUCGCCAUCGGCGGCGCGCCCAAGGAGGUGGCUGCAAGCGCCACUGCCUUCUUCCUGCAAAUCUACCUGCUUGAUGUCGCUCAGAUCAACGCCUUCCAGGCCUCCAUGGUGCUGUUCAUCGGUAAAGCCUGGGGUGCAGUGAGCGACCCCGUAGUCGGAUUCCUCAUUACAAAGAGCAGAUGGACCAAGAUUGGCAGACUCAUGCCCUGGAUGGUGGGUUGCACUCCGUUUCUGGUGGUCUCCUACUUCUACCUCUGGUUUGUUCCUCCUUUCAUCAGCGGAAGGUUCUUCUGGUACCUAGGCUUUUACUGCCUCUACCAAACCCUCGUCACUUGCUUCCAUGUGCCUUAUUCUGCUCUCACCAUGUUCCUGAGCACAGACCAGAAGGAAAGAGACUCAGCCACUGCUUACCGAAUGACAAUGGAAGUGCUGGGGACACUUGUGGGCGCUGCCAUCCAGGGCCAGAUUGUGGCCAGCGCUCACACUCUGAAGCACUGCCCGCCUCACAACAUGUCUGCCGGUUACCUUGGCAACAGCAGCGGGGCAGAGAUUGUCACGAGACUGGUGCGCUCCCAGGACUACCUGUCACACUCAAAGAAGGUGUACAUGAUAGCUGCUGGUGUUGUAGGAGGAGUGUUCCUCGUCUGCACAUUGGUGAUGUUCCUGGGAGUCAAAGAGAAAGACGAUCCGUACACCCCAAGGACAGAGAAGCAGAUCCCAUUCCAUCAGGGCUUCAUCCUGGUGAUGAGACACGGGCCAUACCUCACUCUAACGGCUGCAUUCCUCUUCAUCACUGUCGCCAUUCAGCUGGUACAGAGCAACUUUGUCCUCUUCUGCACUUAUGCCGCCGACCUGAGGGAUCACUUCCAGAAUAUUGUGCUGACCAUCCUGGUUUCUGCAGUGAUAAGCAUCCCGCUGUGGCAAUGGUUUCUGCAGAGGUUUGGGAAGAAGACGGCAGCUUUUUGCGGUAUCACAUGGAUCAUGCCCUUCACCAUGAUGCUGGUCUUCAUCCCCAAUGUUGUGGUGGCCUACGUUGUGGCUGUCUCCUCUGGACUCAGUGUGGCUGCCUCGCUCCUGCUGCCAUGGUCUAUGCUGCCAGAUGUGGUGGAUGACUUCAGACUGGCUAACCCCUACUGUAAAGGCCAUGAAGCCAUCUUCUACUCCUUCUACGUGUUCUUCACUAAGUUUGCUGCAGGCAUCUCCCUGGGGGUGUCCACCCUCUGCCUGGAAUUUGCAGGGUAUGACACCGGCGCCUGCAAGCAGCCUGCUCCUGUAGUGUACACCCUGAAGCUGCUGAUUGGUGCCGCCCCAGUGGCCUUUAUUGUUACGGGGUUAAUGAUCCUACUGCUCUAUCCUAUCACCGAAGACGUACGGCUCAGGAACAGAUUCUGCCUGGAUGAGCUACGGAAACAAAGCAUCAGUUCCAAAACAGUGGAAGAUUUGAGUAAUGUGUGACCUGGAUCUGGGAUGAAGUGAAUUCACAAAGCCACGUAUUCCAGCGACGCCGCUGGAAAGUUGUUCCAUUAGUGUAUAUUACACUGAUAGUUAAAUUGUUUUAAUGUAAACAUUUUUUGUUUCAUUUUCACAUGUACUGUGCAGUCAUCUUGGAUA